ACCUACGCGCCCAUCUGCCCGUAUUAGGAAAGUACUCUCGGCUCGCUGCCGUCGAAGCAUGUCCUAUUUUGGCAAAGUUAGUAACGUCUGCUCCCAUAUGAUUUUCAGUGAACGCGUUUAAAUUUAUAAGAAGCAUUUCAGUAUAACCUGGAACGAUAUUGCGCUUUGGAAACCGACGAUGGUUAUUACGAACAGCGCGCUAAAGCUGGCGUGCGUACUGAUGAUGGUGCUCCUGGUGGAAGGUCGUCGUCGGCGUAUCUACAGCGAGUGUUCGGAACGUGCCAUCCAGGAACGGGAGGACGAAGCCAAUGUCGUCGUCAGCGCCACAGUGGAGAGACUUCUGCAUUCCGGAGCUCAGGUGAGUGCAAGAGUGAAACGUGUCCUGAAGGGGCCUCGAGAGCUGAACGGUUCAGUGGUCCUCAUAACGGGCCUGGACGACCCUGAACUGUGCGACGCCAAACUCAAAGGAGGCGACACACGUCUCUUUGUACUGCACUUCUUUGGAGAUUCUGGGGCUGAAAUGCGGGCUCUGGCAAGCCCUCUUCGCAUGACGCUGCCAAAUCUCGAUAAACUGCAGGCAGCAGUUAAUGAUGAGCCCUACAGGAGAAGACCACACAUCAUAGACUUGCCAUGCGAGACGAAGUACUGCUCAUGGAACGGAGACUGCAGCGAGACGACACAUUACCGUAGCAGCGCUGCCCACUGCAGUUGCCCCACCAACUGCGUGCACCACCCUGGAGCUGUCUGCGGUCACGAUGGGAAGACGUACGCCUCGCAUUGCCGCCUACGUGUAGAUUCUUGCCACAAUCAGAAGACAGUUUGGGUCAAGCACCAGGGACAUUGCACGUCCUUCUGAGCUCGGACCGUACGUGCCGUAAAACGAUUGAUGCGAACAAACCUUUCUUAUUGCGCGUUACUUCUCACUGGAUGUGUUUCGGAUUGUUUUACUCCGAGAGAAUUUUUUAACAGGAGCUUUACAAGCAGCUGGGCUACAAAUCGUUAAGUUUUCGUAUGACGGAUAUAGCUUUAUACUACUGCCUCUCGACCGGAGUCCUUCCACAUUUGUACUAUACUGUAUAAAUUAUUACCACCAAUGUUUCCUCACUGUUAAUUCUCUCGUUGAAUGGUUGUCUUCUUUUCGUCGAGCUCAUAUAAUUAAAAGCGCUAAAAUCUGAACAGACGCUACACACAAAGCGCUAUUGUCGGAUUUUAUUUUUACAAUUUAUUAUUAUAUUUUUACUAUCAGAUUGUUCAGAUUUCAGCAGUUCUAAUCAUGAAAUCAUGCAUUCACCAACAGGCCCAAAUGGCAGUUAUGAAUUCUGUUCAUCAAAACUUGCAGGACGUAAGAUAGAGAUACGCGCUGUCCUUGUCGAGGGUACACAAAAUCUCAGUCAGGUAGGAAGAAGUACACGUCAUAGGGACUAACGCCUCUGAAAACGUGUGCACGUAUGAGACCGUUACGGUAAUGUUUCGCACCGCAUCACCUAUGCUGUACUUGGUCUAGUUUUCUUCAAACAGAUUGCAUAAUAAACGAGUUUUAAAAAUUAA